GAGUAUCCGGCCUCCAUGAGCAUUGACUCCCCAGGCAUUGGGACGUACACCUACACAGUGCACUGCCGCACUCGGCGGUGUGGCAGCCUCACCGAACCGAUGCGUGUGGAGGUUGGUCCGGAUGGCCACAUCGCAGCGGUCCUGCUGAAUGCCAAGUUCGCCGACAGUCGAAACGUGGUCGAAAUGAUGGGCAAGGAGAUGGAUGCAGCACGGUCUGAGCAGUAG